UCCAAAAUUCAAAAUUCAUUCCAAAUUUCUGCUUCAUAAUCCAUCGUCCAUCAUCUACUUCGAUCAUCCAGACAAAUAGAGCCUAAAUAUCUAUGGAAGAAUAUGGGAUGGCGGCACCGUCGUCAUCUUCCUCGUGUGCCUCAGUGGUCUUUCUAAUAACAGGUGCUUCGAAAGGCUUGGGAAAAGCGAUUGCCACAGUUGCAAGUAACUAUUACUCAAGAGCCGUAAGCAAGCCCCGCAGUGUUGAUGAGUCCGAUAAUCCCGAUUGCAAUAGCAAUGGACAAAGGAAUGGUCUCUGCUGCCCUUCGAUGCCAACAGUAAGAUUCGUUUUGGUAGCAAGGUCYUCAAAGGGUCUCGAAGAGACCAAACAGGAAGUUCUUUCGAGCCGGCAACGGUGGAUACAUAACGCUGCUUCCGCGGGAAGAAACGAGCAUGAUAUCAUUUGUCGACCAAUGGAUUUAUCAGAUUUGGAUCGUUUGAAUGCCAAUAUAGACAUUCUCUUGGAUGAUGUUGACCGACUGUGCUCCCUCGACAAUGCACMGUGUACAGAAAAUCAUGAAAAUCGUGAUAGGCACGGAGAGCAGCAACAGCACAAAGUUGUCUUUAUCAACAAUGCAGGAAGUCUUGGGCACCUCGGACCUUGUAUUAGUAGUCCAUCGCUUGAAGACAUGCGUAGGACAAUCGAUUUCAACGUGACGAGUUCCUUGUGGUUGUCGGUACGGUUCGCCCGGCACUUGAAAGAACAUCAAGAAUCAGAGCGAAAUCGAAUGACUGCCGCCACAGUUGUCAAUCUUUCCUCGCUUGUGGCUGUUUCGGACGAGUUUUUGGGGAUGGGUAUUUAUAGCGCGGGAAAAGCAGCACGAGAGCGCUACCACACGCUGCUGGCAAAGGAAGAAUGGAACGACCACAACGAGCGGCAGGGAUCAGUCCCAGCAAACACAAAAGCCACAGUCAACAGCGCACCAUCACAGUUUGCUUCUUCUACUCUCAAGAUUCUGAACUAUGCACCGGGGCCUCUCGAAACGAAAAUGACCAAGGAAAUCCGAGGAUCCGAUGCCUUGGAUUCGGAACUACAAGCCGAUUUCGAGAAACCCUUGUUAGAUCCCAGAGACAGCGCGCUGAAGYUAAUCCGGCUUCUCGAGGAAGGGGAAUAUUUCGAUUGGGAGAGCGGAGCCCACGUUGACUAUUAUGAUCUCCCCGACAGUAAUGACAAAKAAAAUGAAUGACUGGCAAGAUCAAUUGAAAGUGCCAGAGAAAYAAGUCAUUUGAUACGAAUUGAUCGCGCGCCACGCGCUGUCCAUCCUAUGGCAUCCAAAGUUAAAAAUCGAGAGAAUUGCAAUAAUAAUGAURGGUAUAAACA